UGGGUUGGUUAGUGGAGGGGGGGGAAAUAUUGUGCAAGUUGUAGGGGAGGGGGACGUCCUCUUUUCUUCCCUCCCCCCACUUUCCCCCUUAACUCCCUUACCUUCUUCUUCCCCUCCCCCUUUACCCUUCCUUCCCCACUCCCUUAGGCCCUGUCCCCUUCCCUCUUUCCCAAGGGCUGCUAACUUGUGCCAGGCAGCGGUGUCGGUACCACCUCCACCACCGGCAGCCCAAGAACAGCAGUUGGAGCCAGGCACCAUGGGCACGUCCUCGCUCUGGGGACUCUGGCUCCUAGUCGCAAUGUGGUGUUUGUCUGGAGAGCGCAGCAUUGUGGAGGGGACAAGAACAAAAUGUGAGUCAUCUCAAUUCCAGUGCAGCAACGGCCGCUGUAUUACUUUGUUGUGGAAGUGUGAUGGUGAUGAAGACUGUAGUGAUGGCAGUGAUGAGAGUUCAUGUGUGAAGAAGACAUGUGCCGAGUCUGACUUUGUAUGCAAUAAUGGCCAGUGUGUACCAAACAGAUGGCAGUGUGAUGGGGACCCAGACUGUGAAGAUGGAUCUGAUGAAAGGCCAGAACAAUGUAAUAUGAGAACCUGCCGAAUAAAUGAGAUCAGCUGUGGUGUUCGAUCAACUCAGUGUAUCCCAGUGUCCUGGAAAUGUGAUGGUGAAAACGACUGUGACAGUGGAGAAGAUGAAGAAAACUGUGGCAAUGUAACUUGUAGUCCAGAAGAAUUCACUUGUUCCAGUGGCCGAUGCAUCUCUAAAAACUUUGUCUGCAAUGGUCAGGAUGAUUGUAGUGAUGGGAGUGAUGAGUUGGAUUGUGCUCCUCCUACAUGUGGUGCCCAUGAGUUCCAGUGUAGCACUUCUUCCUGUAUCCCCAUUAGUUGGGUCUGUGAUGAUGAUGCUGAUUGCUCUGACCAGUCUGAUGAGUCCCUUGAGCAGUGUGGACGCCAACCUGUGCCUCAUGAAAAGUGCCCAGCCAGUGAGAUCCAAUGUGGUUCAGGGGAGUGUAUCCAUAUGAAGUGGCGCUGUGAUGGUGACCCUGACUGCAAAGAUGGAAGUGAUGAGAUAAACUGUCCUUCACGAACAUGUCGUCCUGACCAGUUUGAAUGUGAAGAUGGCAACUGUAUUCAUGGCAGCAGACAGUGCAAUGGGGUCAGAGAUUGUAUAGAUGGUACAGAUGAACUCAAUUGCAAAAAUGCCAAUCAGUGCUCUGGACCUGGAAAAUUCAAGUGCAGAAGUGGGGAAUGUAUAGACAUCAGCAAAGUGUGCAACCAGCAACAAGACUGCAAGGACUGGAGUGAUGAACCUCUAAAAGAGUGCAAUAUAAAUGAAUGCUUGAUUAACAAUGGUGGAUGCUCCCAUAUCUGCAAAGACCUAAUUAUAGGUUAUGAAUGUGACUGUGCUGCUGGAUUUGAACUGAUAGAUAGGAAGACAUGUGGUGAUAUUGAUGAAUGCCAAAAUCCUGGAAUCUGCAGUCAAAUUUGUAUCAACUUAAAAGGCGGUUACAAAUGUGAAUGUAGUCGUGGCUAUCAAAUGGAUCUUGCCACUGGAGUGUGCAAGGCAGUAGGAAAGGAACCGAGUUUAAUCUUCACUAAUCGUAGGGACAUCAGAAAAAUUGGCCUGGAAAGGAAAGAAUACAUUCAACUUGUAGAGCAACUAAGAAAUACCAUAGCACUAGAUGCUGACAUAGCUGCUCAGAAGUUAUUUUGGGCUGAUCUAAGCCAAAAAGCAAUCUUCAGUGCCACAAUUGAUGCUCGUGACAAAGUUGGUAGACAUGUUAAAAUGAUCGACAAUGUCUAUAAUCCUGCAGCCAUUGCUGUUGACUGGGUCUACAAGAAUAUCUACUGGACUGAUGUGGCUUCCAAGACUAUUUCAGUGGCUACUUUAGAUGGAACCAAGAGGAAGAUUCUAUUUAAUUCUGAUUUGCGAGAGCCUGCCUCCAUAGCUGUGGACCCAUUGUCUGGCUUUGUUUACUGGUCAGACUGGGGAGAACCAGCUAAAAUAGAAAAAGCAGGAAUGAAUGGACUUGACAGGCGGCCACUGGUGACUGUAGAUAUUCAAUGGCCUAAUGGAAUUACACUUGACCUUGUAAAAAGUCGUCUCUAUUGGCUCGAUUCUAAACUACACAUGCUGUCCAGUGUGGAUUUGAAUGGUCAAGAUCGUAGAAUAGUACUCAAGUCUCUUGAGUUCCUAGCACAUCCUCUUGCUGUCACAAUAUUUGAGGACCGUGUCUAUUGGAUAGAUGGUGAAAAUGAAGCAGUGUAUGGUGCCAACAAGUUUACAGGGUCCGAAUUGGCUACUCUGGUUAACAACCUAAAUGAUGCUCAAGAUAUAAUUGUAUACCAUGAACUCAUACAACCAGCAGGUAAAAACUGGUGUGAAGAAGAUACUGAAAAUGGAGGCUGUGAGUACCUCUGUCUACCAGCACCACAGAUUAAUGAUCAUUCUCCAAAAUAUGCCUGUUCCUGUCCCAAUGGGUAUUAUCUGGAAGGUGAUGGCAGGGCAUGUAAAAGAAUCAAUGUGACUACUGCAAUAUCAGAAGUAAAUGCUUCUCCAGGAGGAACUUCAGCUGCCUGGGCCAUCCUUCCUGUCUUGCUUUUGGCUAUGGCUGCCACUGGUGGUUACUUUAUGUGGAGGAACUGGCAACACAAGAACAUGAAAAGCAUGAAUUUUGACAAUCCGGUCUACUUGAAAACCACAGAAGAAGAUCUCACGAUAGAUAUUGGGAGACAUAGUACUUCCGUUGGUCACACUUAUCCAGCGAUAUCAGUUGUAAGUACAGAUGAUGACCUAGCUUGAAUACUUGGACAAGAGACAGCCCUUUCAAUCUACACUAAGUUUUAGACUUUUUCUUUUUGAUGGUAACCAAACCAAUGGCUGAAAAACAAUUCCCUUCCUACCAUCUGGAAGAUUUUGAUCAUAUCUGUGUGGAACAAGUUUGUGUACUCUACUUUUUAUAUUCCACUUUUUUGUAAAUAUUCUUGUCCACAGUUUAGUUCAGCUCUGGAUGUGGUUACCAAAUAUUUGUAACCCUUGAAUUUUUUUAGACAGUAUUGCCAUCAAUGGCCAAAUAUGCACUUUCCAUAGAAAGCCAUAUUCCAGCAAUGAAACUUGUACUAUAGUAUACAACCUGUACAUAACUUGUAUAGGCCAUCUGUAAAUAUCCCGAAGAACAAUCAUUAUUCUUAAGCACUUUGAAAAUAUUUCUAUGUAAAUUAUUGUAAACUUUUUUUCAAUGGUUGGGGCAAUGGCAAUAGGAGAAAACGGGUUACUAAAAUGAAAUUGCCAAAAAAAAAUUUGUAAACUAAUUUUGUAUGUGUGAAUGAAAUCUUUGUGGCCUCCAUGGAGGCUUUCAGAGGAUCAGUGUUCAGUAAACCACUGUACAAUUGUUUUUUCAAGUGCUAAAAAUUAAACCAAGAAGCUUAACAAUGGCUUGUGCCUAUUCCUGUAGGGUGGGAGUGCAUUUUAGCACUUCAAGUGACAUUACUUGGGUUUAGUCUAUUUGGCAAAGCAUAAACAAAGCUUUAAGGCUUAGUUACUGUGAGACGCAAUAGUCUAUAGACUUUAAGGUCUUAUGGUCCUGGAUUGAAUAUAGUUAGUAUAAAGCUUUUAUUAAAAAAAAAAAAAAAAUCAUGACUGGUAGAAUA